GUGGUGGAGCGAGUUCAGGGCAGCAUCACUCACCGACGCACCCGCAGCAGGCACCGAGUGAGGAGCAGAAACCUCCCCCUUGUCUGGAGUAGCAGCGGGUCAAGGACAGGGAUGAACACGUCUCCAGCGCUCCGGCUCGGGCGGCGGAAGGUGAGAUGCUGGUCCCUUCUGAGUCACGAAGCUCCCGGUGCUGAUUCGAUGAGAGGGGCGGCGGGGAGGGGAGAUGCCCCUGCUCGGUCCCGCCAGGGCUCGCCUCUGACAUCAGCACAAAACUGGCCAUAAAAACGGCGGCCGGCGAGGACUCCGGCUCAGACAGCGACCGCGCGGCUCAGCGGGACGGCAGCCAGCGCCUCGCCGCGCCGUGCCGGAGGCUGUCAUCUUUGUGGCAUCAUCGGGAAGCACCAGGCACUGGGAGGCUGCAGCGCCAAGCCACAGCUGGCCGGAGAGUGCUGGGGAUGAAGCUGGGGGCCGCCUGCCUGCUGUGCCUGCUGCUCGCCUGCCUGACCCUGCCCGGCACCUGCAGCCACCGCCACGAGCGCUCCAUGGAAAUCCGCAGUGAGAACAGGAACCCGGACAUCGACCCCUCCUGGUACACAGGGCGUGGGAUCAGGCCCGUGGGGCGGUUUGGGCGGCGGCAGGCACUGGAUGAGGGCACCCAUCCUCGGGGGGCUGGCCAUCGACAAGCUUGUGCCCCCCCACACCUGCACCUCCAGCCCCCCCGGGGGGAGCAGAGUCCCUGAGCUGGAGCCUGCAAUAAAAGCCCUUUUCCUCUCA